UUUUCAAGGGACUACGGUAAAACUCAGGUAAUCAUUAUACGUGCGCACGAUAUUACAGCAAGGGGCAGCAGCAGCGGCGGCGGCAGCAACAGUAUUUUCAGGCGACACAAUGGGAGGCAACUACGAUCAAGCGCGCAAGGACAUCUAUGAGGCUCACAAUGAGGAUCCAACCAAGAUCACCACUCCCGAGGGCAAUGAGGUGGCGUAUGAAUCGCACUACUCCGAGAAGAUGGAGAAAUUCUUGCAAAAGCGCUCGCCGCAGGCUUCUGACGUCUUGAAGCUGGCGAUAUGUGGCCAGCACUUCCGGCGAUGGGAGGUGCCUCGAUCGCAGUUCCCCAUGACUAAGAUUGGCUAUCACUCGUGGAGGACGCACCUGAAAAAGCGGCAGGCCAAGCUCGUAGGGGAGAUUCUGGAGAAGAACGGGUACUUGGAGGACGAUGUGAAGAGAUGCAUUGCGUUGAUCGAGAAGGAAGGCUUGAAACAGGGCGAGCCGGAGGUGCAAGUGCUCGAGGACGUGGCAUGCCUAGUGUUUCUGGAUGACCAAUUUGACGAGUUCAAGGAGAAGCACGAUGAGCAGAAGAUCAUCACGAUCCUGAAGAAGACAUGGAUCAAGAUGUCUGAUGAGGGUCACGAUUUGGCUCUCGAAAUCCCCAUGACGGACGAGUGCAAAGCUCUCGUCGGCAAGGCACUGAAUGCAUGAGAUAUGAGGCUGAGGCCGAGGCGGAGGCUUUUCAUGACUCGCAUUGUGGAUGGUGUGCCGUGUGCUCAUGCAAUCAAGCGAAACUCAGAGCAAACUGUGUCACUUCUCAUCGCCAGAUCAUCACACAAUAGCCUCGGGCGUCGUGCUCGCCACGCCAGAAGAGAUUUUAUGGCGUGAAGUCAAAGGCGCAAGGUUCCCCAUAUGAGAGGUACAAACGUCCAACAGCUAUACCACAUUGUUCCCUGUGUGCUAUGCCUGUCGCGAGACCAGUAGCUUCCUAGCCUUAUGUGACUGCAAAUUGGACCCGCGGGAAUGCAUCGCGGAGAUCGAAGAUUGCCCGCGUUUUCUGCAUUCCAACCACAAUGCACAUGAUUGGCCGAUGACUGCAGUCUGCAUGAUGUCCAGACCGAACAGCAGAUCGGCCUCGUAACCGGACGACAGACCAGCCCUCUGAAGGCUGUGACAACCAGGUUGGUCGCUAACUAGGCCGCUCCGGCCUCGGCAUGCAACUAGA